AUGGACACUAGUAGGAGGAAAGUUGUUAAGGUGAACGAUAGCAGGACACUAGGUCUACAGGAAGAUGUCCUAGAAGAAAUUCUUUCAAAACUGCCUGUCAAGUCUCUACUUAGGUUUCGUUGUGUAUCGCAAGAGUGGUAUGCUCUCACCAAAAGAUUCUCUGAAAAUAAUUCUAAACCACCACUUGGAAUCUCAUUGCUUCGAGAUGAAGAAAUAACGGUUUUGAGAUUACCUUUCCUCUCCGAGCUUACAAGCCGAAGAGAUGUUGGUUUAAGGUUUGUGGGAUCUAAGAAUGGCCUGGUUUGCUGUGGUGUAUUAAAAGGGAUUGAAAAUAAUAAGAAUAGAACUACAGAGGGUGAAGAAGAUAAUGCUCCCGUGUUCCAACACUCAAUAGUAGUAUGGAACCCAGCAACAGAACAAUUUAGGUUUCUUCCCAAACCUAACAAUAUUAUUCCUUUGGAUCAGGAUGAGGAGGAGGUUAUACUAUAUGUUAAGGACAACUACUGCUCUCUGUCCUCCUUUGCUCUUAUAGGUUUCGAUUUCGUAUAUGAUCAUGACAUUACCGAAUACAAAUUGGUGAGAGUUUUCGAUCAUGAUAGUGAUGAUCCUGACGACCAUGGAGAAGUAGUUACAACUUUUCGGGCUCAGGUCUUCGUCCAAAGCACAAAUUCUCGGAGACAAGCCAAGAACGAGUUAGGGUUUCCAUCGUGUGAAAAUUCCUUAGCAUCAACUUCGAUUACAUUAGAUAGGCUACUGUAUUGGAUAGUAAAGCGAGCAGGGGACGAGUACUGUCUCAUGUCAUUCAAUUUACGUGAGGAGGUUUUCAGUGUGAUAGAUCAUCGACCAAUGGAUCUACGGAAUCAGGACGAAUGCUUAUUAUACUACUCGUGGAGAAAUUCACCGGCGAUUAUAGUACUUGAUGAUAUUUCGGACAAUGAGGAUGUCAACGCAAUGAUUUGGGUGAUGAGUACUGAUCAAGAAUCAAAGAGGAGUUGA